AUGGGUUCCUCCCUGCUAACCUCAGCAGAGAAACCAGAGGAUGCAAGAGCUCCGAAAAUGGGUCCAGGAAGUGGCUGGGGAUUUCAGGCCCGGGGAGCUGCUGAAAAAAGGAUGCAACGCCAGCGAAUAAAAGCUGCAACUCUUGACGGGUCAACAUCGGCCGUGUUAAUAUUCGUCGGACUGCAAGGUCCGACCAUUCAGAUUUUAGGCUCCGUCGAGUGA